GCCACAUACAGCACACAGAUACAUGAGGAGGGAUAGACAGAGGAAGAAGAGGAAGAGAGGGCGGAUCACACAACUGCUGCAUAAGACUAGUCAAUGGAAAACAAUGUGUUUUUGAGAAAAAGAUUUUAACCUUCACCCAUCAUGUCAACGCACCUGCACAAGGAGUUUUCUCAGUUACACCCAAUGCAACAUAUUGGACCAUCGAAAGCAGACAUCAAAGGUUCUCCAUCCGCUAUAAUGUCUUCGGUUGAGUAUUGUGGUAAUCAGAGCUUGAUGCCGGUAGAUCAAAGCCCCGUGUAUAUUCCUUCUUCGUACAUGGAAAACAGGCACGACUACUCAUCUAUAGCAUUUUGCAGCCCGCCUCUUAUAAAUUAUAAUGUUCCAGGAAAUUCUAGUGAUUCCGAAACUUCAGUUAUGCGACAGACUAUGAGUCCUAAUUUAUUGUGGACUGCACCAGAGCAUAUGUCUCCCGUGACUUUACAUUGCCAAUCCUCACUGUUGUAUGCAGAGCAACCACGGAGUCCAUGGUUUGAAGCCAAACCAGAAGAACACAUCUUGCCAAUUCACAGGGAAGUCAUGAAGAGAAAAUCUAUAGGCGGUGAAUGUACAAAUCAUAUUGGAAAUAACCCAGGAUCUAAAAGGGACACUCACUUUUGUGCAGUUUGCAGUGACUAUGCUUCUGGAUACCACUACGGAGUCUGGUCUUGUGAGGGCUGCAAAGCUUUUUUCAAGAGGAGCAUCCAAGGGCACAAUGAUUACAUUUGUCCAGCCACAAACCAGUGCACUAUAGACAAAAACAGACGCAAGAGCUGCCAAGCGUGCCGGCUGCGCAAGUGUUUUGAAGUGGGGAUGAUGAAAUGUGGAACGAGGCGUGAACGUUGCGGCUACCGCAUUGUACGCCACCGGCGCCACUCAGAGGAUCAAAUGCACUGCCAUGGCAAAAACAAAAAGAUCAUUGAAACCAUCGGACGAGUGAAAGAGGUUCUCCCCAGCUCCAUGGGGCCUGAGCAAUUUGUUUUGUCAUUGAUUGAAGCCGAACCACCGAAUGUUUUAUUAAUGAACAGUCCCUGUAAGCCUUUCACGGAAGCUUCCAUGAUGAUGUCACUAACGAAGCUGGCCGACAAGGAACUGGUGCACAUGAUCGCAUGGGCCAAGAAGAUCCCAGGGUUUGUUGAGUUGAGUCUAUAUGAUCAAGUCCGCCUGCUGGAGAGCUGCUGGUUAGAGGUAUUGAUGAUGGGCCUGAUGUGGAGGUCCAUCGAUCAGCCCGGCAAGCUUAUCUUCGCCCCAGAUCUUUCUCUUGACAGGGAUGAAGGUAAAUGUGUGGAGGGCAUUCUAGAGAUCUUUGACAUGCUGCUAGCUACCACUUCAAGAUUCCGAGAUUUAAAGCUACAGCACAGAGAAUACCUAUGCCUGAAGGCUAUGAUCCUGCUGAAUUCCAGCAUGUUCCCCCCGACAAGCUCAGAGGAGGAGUCAGAAAGCAGCAGAAAGCUGCACCACCUAUUAAACACCGUCACUGACGGACUGGUCUGGGUCAUUGCCAAGAGUGGGAUCCCGUUCCGGCAACAGUCAACACGGCUGGCAAAUCUACUAAUGCUGCUUUCUCAUGUCAGGCAUGCCAGUAACAAAGGGAUGGAGCAUCUGCUGAGCAUGAAGUGCAAAAACGUGGUUCCCGUGUAUGAUCUGCUGCUGGAGAUGCUGAAUGCACAUACACUGCGGGAUCACAGGAAGCCAAUGGCAGCUGCAGCCUACAGCACCAAGAACGAUGUCAGAGAUAGUGCCGGUCAGCCACCCCAGUGAUGCACCAAGGCCUGGCGAACAGGAAUAUGGGGUUGAACAAAGCCUGCCUAUGUUUACAAGCUGGGUCCCAUAAGAGAAAGGAAAUGAAUCUGCAAACAGAAGUUAUUUGAUUGCAAUCCAAUUGGGAAUGCACUUUGUAUAGUUACUAUGAGAAGAUACAAUGUUUUAUUUAGGAAUUCUCAGGAGAACUUGCUCAAUUUGCAUGUAUGCUAUAUUGUAUAUAUUUCAUUGGCAACCCCAAGCCUUAGACGCGUCUGCAUAGUGUGUUGUGAGGUUUAGCUACAGACAGUGGCUCAAGCAGUUAUUAUGAUGGGAGCAUUGAGGAUCUAUACCGGACUGCUAGACAAAACAUGGAUGUGUCUGUAGCUCCGUCUGUGUGCAAUAGGGCUAAUUAAAGUGCGGCAGCGACAAGAGUAUGAACACGGGUGGUUUCUGUGACAGGUAUGUGUGACCAGCUCCACUACAGAGGUAUAAAGUACAGAUACAUUGCAGAGGGACUGAGAGCAUAGACAGUAUUAACAGCAUAACCGCCUACUCUCCCGGAAUGUCUGGGAGACUCCUGAGUAGACAACACUCCAAUUCUUACCGCUUUCAGAUCGCAAAUGCUGCAUCGCACCCGGGAGUUGGAAACACGUCCUUCCCGGAUGCCACCCAGCAUUUGAUCCUGAGAACUGGUUUCCCGACCUGGCAAUAUGCUUGGUCAGAUUGCCAUCGGAGGCAGGGACCGCGGUGGCAUCAGGGGCGGUGCUAGGAGAUGAAAUCACCUCCAUACUGCCGCUCCCUUUGCUGGGAAUGGGUACCGGGUCGCAUCAACACUGCGCCUGACCCAGUAAUAACCCUUGUUUAUUCCCGGGUUGAAUUUACCGGGUCAGGCGACUCAGGUUUUCUGGAAUGACCCCUUCAGACCGCACAGCGACCUACGUCGAUACCGAGUUUUUGUGUGCAGUCUGGAAGGGGUAUCUGUGAUGAUGCAUUUCGCUGUGACGCGCGUCAUCCUGAAUCUUCCACCCACUGUGAUAUGCCAGUGGUAUGUAGGAGUAAUGGUGUCAUGCCACUGAGACCCCCUCAUGGAUCUACCAAAGGUGAGUUCCACACAACAGCUAUGAUUGAGCAUGCACUUGUCACAUAUACACAGUAGAUGCAUACUUAAUACAUAACCUGCAGAAACAACCUAUCAAUUUAUUGGGAACUGAUGACAUCACUGGGGGCCUUCAUGGCUAAUAGUCACAGGAGGAGAUUCAAAUGUUUGAAAAGUCAGUUGGAGUCUGUUUUUUUCCUAUCUAAAGGCCCGUACACACUGGUCGAUAUAUCGGCCGUUCUCUUGAACGGCCGAUACAUCGCGGGACCGUCGGCCAGUGUGUACGGGUGAUACGUCUGUGAACUCCGUCGUUCACAGACGUAUCGC